AUGAGCGUCAUCCUCUGCACUGCGGGGUAUGACCAUACGAUCCGCUUCUGGGAGGCGCUGUCCGGAAUUUGCUCGCGCACUAUCCAGCACCCGGACUCUCAAGUCAAUCGUCUUUGUAUUACUCCCGAUAAGCGUUUCCUUGCUGCCGGUGGUCACAACAAUGUCAAGCUUUAUGACAUCAAGUCCACCAACCCCAACCCCGUGAUGACCUUUGAAGGUCACACAAGCAACAUCACUGGCGUCGCAUUCCACUGCGAGGGCAAGUGGAUGGUAACAAGCUCUGAGGACGGUACUGUGAAGGUUUGGGAUACCCGCACUGGAGCUCUGCAGCGCAACUAUGUUCACCGCGCCGCCGUCAACGAUGUUGUGAUACACCCAAACCAGGGAGAGUUGAUCAGCGGUGAUCGCGCUGGCAUGGUCCGCGUCUGGGACCUUGGCGAGAGUGUCUGCACUCAUCAAUUGAUUCCUGAGGAUGAUACCGCUGUGCUCAGUGUGAGCGUUGCUAGUGAUGGAUCUCUAUUAUGUGCUGGGAACAAGAAGGGCAACGUCUACAUCUGGCGCAUGGUCCAGAAUGAAGAAACCACUCGCAUCAUCCCUAUAUGCACUUUCCAAGCUCACAAAGACUACCUCACUCGUGUUCUGCUGUCUCCCGAUGUGAAGCACCUUGCUACCUGCUCCGCAGACCAUACCGCUAAGGUGUGGAAUCUUGAUGCAGACUAUGCCCCCGCCAAGGUUGCCAUUCGUGAGUUCAACGACCGACAGGCUGCACAAGGAACAGAGGAGGCCCAGGCUGAGGCCGCACCCACCCCCGCUGAGACCACCCGUAAUCAGAAUCGUGACCUGCUGCGCAUCUUCGAUACGCCUGUUCAAGACAGAGACCUUUUGCGCAUCAGUGAAGCACCCCGCGAUGACGCGCCUUCUCCUCAGCAAACUUUCACCCCCUCCCCGGAUGGCCCCCCCUAUGGACCCCAACAAUGGCACCCUCUUCCUGGAGACUACUCUUGCAAACCACCAGCGCUGGGUUUGGGACUCUCUGGCAACAUCAUCCGACAGUACUCCGGCCACCAUCGUGGCGCGGUCUGUGUUGCGCUAAACGAUUACUCGGAGCCUCGAUAA